CACAACACUUCCAUAAUGCAAGGGGUACCUAUAUAUUUAUGAAAUUUAUAAAGCUAUUUUUAAUCACUUAUUUGUUUUCUUUUCAGGCUGAUCGUCCAGUUGUUAAUGAUCUGUUCAAAGAUUUAUCUGAUGGAUGCAAUCUACUUUCACUGUUGGAAGUUUUAAGUGGUGAAACCCUAAAAAGAGAAAGAGGCUGUUUGCGGGUUCAUCACAUCAAUAAUGUUAAUCGUGCCUUAUAUAUUCUUGAAAAAAAUUAUAAUAUAAAACUUGUAAAUAUUAGUAGUAAUGAUAUUGUGGAUGGCAACUGUAAAUUGAUUCUGGGUUUGGUAUGGAGCAUUAUUGUUCAUUGGCAGGUCAAAGAUGUAAUGAAAGAUGCCAUGGGAGAACUGCAACAAUCAAACUUGGAACAAAUGUUAUUAGAAUGGUGUAAAGAAAUCACUAAAGACUAUGAUAAAGUUGAAUUAAAAAACUUUACAACAAGCUGGAAGGAUGGUUUAGCAUUUAAUGCAUUAAUACAUAAACACCGAUCUGAGUUAUUUUCAUAUGAUGAUCUUUUGGAUAAAGACAAUUACUAUAAUCUGUCACAUGCUUUCAAUGUUGCACACCAACAUUUGAAUAUUGAUCCAUUAUUGGAUCCUGAAGAUGUUAAUGUAGACAAUCCUGACAAGAAAUGCAUUAUAAUGUAUAUAAUGUGUUUAUUUCAAGUCCUGCAAAAUUCAAGCAAUAAUUCAUCAAAUGAAACAAAUACAAAAUUAGAUUCAGUUAAAAACUUACAAGCUGAAACAACUUUAAUAUCAUCUUCUCCAAAGAGUAUUGAUGAGCACAGUGUACCUACACAACCUGCAGCAACUGUUACUACUGAAUCCAGUUCUUCACUUACUGUUGAAGAUGAUAUGAAUAAAAUAAGUGCAAAGUGUAUGGACAAGACUAACUAUGAAGCUUUGAAUCCUGCUGCUGCUGAGUCAUUGAUGUCUCUUAGUAGUGGCAGUUCUAGUACUUCAAGCCGGCAUAGCACCAUGAGCACCAGCUCACUUGACCUCCUCUCCUAUCAGGACAUGUUAGAAAAUGUCUUAGCAUGGCUACUGGAAGCAGAGGAAGUAAUUGCAAAACAAGAACCUGUUGUUGAGACUAUAGCACAUUCAGCUGAUGGUGAUGCUUCUGACAUGCUUGGGGUCACAAAAGUUAAGCAACAAUUUAAUGAACAUAAAGAAUUUAUGCUUGAUCUUACAAAGCAUCAAGACAGCGUAGGGAGUGUUCUCAAAGAAGGCACUGAUUUGAUAAAUGAUAAGAAAGUCAACAAAGAAGAAGAACAUGAAAUUAGAAUACAAAUGGCAUUGUUGAAUAACCGCUGGGAAGAGUUACGCUUAAAAGCAUUGAGUCGUCAAACAAAAUUACAACAAGUAUUAAUGGAAUUGCAGCAUCAACAGUUAGAAGAACUUGAUAACUGGCUUUCUGAAAUGGAACAAUCAACACUAAGCCAGCAAUUAGUUGGAUGUGAUUUGGAAAGUAUUAAAAAUCAAGUUGAGCAACAUAAGAAAGUGCAACAUUCUGUUGAACAAAAGCAGAAACUAGUUGAUUCCCUUCAUAAUAUGGUUGUUGUUGUGGAUGAUUCCAGUUCUGAAACAGCUUGUGAAGCUCUUGGACAUCAACUUGAAAAACUUGUCAAACGUUGGGAUGAUGUAUGUAGACUAACUGAACAGAGACGGUUAUUACUACAAGAUGUCUUAUUAAAAUGGCAGUUUUAUUCUGAUGGAUUAAAAGCAUUUUGUAACUGGCUUAAUUGUCAAGAAGAAAAACUUGUAAAAAUGCGUAAAGCUACUCUGAAAGAUCCAGCUGAAGUUUCUGAACAAGUAAAAAAUUUGAAGGCCAUUGAAAAAGAAAUGGAAGUACAAGUACAGUCUUUUGAUGAACUAUAUGAGUGCGGUCAGCAAAUUGUCCAGAAUCUAGAGGAUAAAGAAGCUGUUCAACGUAUAAGUGCUGAACUUGAAGAUGUACAAGAGCGAUGGGAAAAUCUGGUUCAGAACAUGGGAACACAGAGCCAAGAGAUUGCUGGGUCUGGAGUUGAACUUAGUAAAAUAACAGAUCUCGAGGAGAUUCUUGCUGAAGAGAAAGUUCGAGAGACAAAGUCUGAACCAACAACUUCACCUGAUGUGGUGAAAAAGCGCAAAACUGAUACAGCUUUACGGUUAGAAUUUGAAAUAGAUAUGAAAAAAAUGAAAGAUUGGUUUGAGAAGACAGAAUCAACAUUAGCAUUGCUAUCUGUUGAUGAUGACGACGAUGAUGAUGAUGAUGAUGUUGAAGAUCCUUUCCUUGCUUCUCAAGAAGAGUUUUCUGAAGAGGAGCAAUUUGUUUUAAUUCAGGAUACAAAAAAUGAUGUGAAAACUCACCAUGAUAAAGUAUCUUCACUCUUGGAAACUGGGAAAAAAUUAAUUGAAGAAUUAAAAUUUGGCGGUGAAAAUUAUGAUAAUAUUUCUAAGCUGACACAAGAGCUGGAAGAAAGAUGGAAAAUUAUCAAUCAACUUCUGAAUGAGACACAUAGUAAGGUUUUUCUGGAAAUUGAAGCUAAAAAGUUUUAUGACGAACUGAAUUCACUGAAAGAUUUGAUGUUGAAUUAUGAGAGAUGGGCAUCUACUGCAGAGAACAUUUCAGAAGAAACUCUUGAAAUCAGUCAUCAGUUAGAGCAAUGCAGAGUAAAAUUAAAAGACAUGAAGUCCCAAGAAGAACGUGUUGAACAUCUUAAAGUGCAAGCAAAUGCUUUGUUGCAACAAGAGAAGAAGACAGGAAAGAAAGAGAAAGUUCAGUUUGAUCUUGAUGCAUUUAAUCAGCGGUGGGAAGCUAUUUAUCAGAAGAUAGGGAAGCAGAAAGAAGAACUUGAAAAAACUUUGGAAGAGAUGCCUUCUCGUCCUUAUUUGAGUGCUCUUGGAGCUUUACUUAAAUGGAUCAGUGAUAUGGAGGAAAUUCUCAACACAGAAAAUAUCCAUUUCAGUGGUACCAGUUCUCUGGAGAAACAAAUGAAGCAGUACAAGGAACUUCGAAAUGAUCUUCAAGAACAUGUACAUAGUUUAGAAUAUGUGAAUAAAACAGGCCAACAACUGGUAAAAAAAUCUCACAGCAAUGAGAGAGCUAAAUCUCUUGAGAAUGAUUUAAUAUCCUUGAACUGUAGAUGGAGUGAAGUUUAUAAUACAGUUGAUGGACGUAUGGAUAUUCUAGAUAGAACAAUUGGACAACUGCAGUCAUUUCAGAAUCAAUUGGUUGGCAUGGUCCGCUGGACGAAAGAAAUGCAUGUGUUUUUACAGUCUGAUGAUCCAGCAACAGGAGAUUUACAAACUCUUGCUGCUCAAAUGAAUGAAAGCAAUGGAGUUCUUGAAGAUAUUUUAACAUUGCAAGAAAAUGUUGAUAGUAUUGGGGAACUACAUAAUCAACUGUGUGAAUAUGCUGAUGAACACUUUACUAAAGAUUUAAAAGAACAGGUGAAAGAUAUGAAUGAAAAGUGGAAUAGUGUUGUUACUCUUGCACAAGAACAGAACACUCGUCUUGCUAAUGCAAUCAAAUACAGCAAAGAUAUUUUCUCCAGAAUGGAAAACUUAACUAAGUGGACAGAACAACAAAAACAGCAACUCAACAACAAAGACUAUGCAGUGGAUAGUAUCAACGAUUUAUUAGUUAAAAAUAAAAAAUUCAAGUCUCUGAAGCAAGAAGUUUUGGAAAAAGAACUUGAGAUAAAUAGACUGAACUCGGAAGCUAAUGUUUUGUUAAAUAAAAGCAAAAGCUUACAGGAGAUGGGACGUGCUUUAAUGAAGUUAAAUUCUCUUUGGAAAGAUGUUUACCAGCGAGUUAUCUACUAUUCUACUGUUUAUGAACAAAGUGAUGUGAAGUGGUAUAAAUUUAAAGAAUUGAUUCAGUCAGAGAAAAAUUUUCAAGAAGCUUUAAAUAAGAAAAUUCAACAUGAAGCAAACUGCUCUGAUGCUGAAGAAAUUUCAGGAGAGCUUGAGGAAUUAGAAAGCUUAAUGAGGGAUCAUCCUAAAGACACAAAGGAACGUAUCCAACAAUUAUCUCAGGAUCUUAUAAACAAUAGCAUUAUGGUAAAUCUUGUCAAGGAAGAACUGGCUCAGCUUGAAAAUCUUGGUGAAUCCAUAGAACAUAAGGCUCAAAACCGUGUAACACAUUUGGAGCAUUCUGCCCAUAAGGCCCAGGAAAUUGAACGGCAAAUGCUUGAAAUGUCUCAGUGGAUGACAGAUAUGUCAAAACGUUUACAAUCCCUGCUGGAUGCUGAUAUACUUGCUGAGGACAGUCCUCGUGAAUAUGAGACACUGAAAGAAGAAUUCCAGCAACAAAAUGAGCUACUGCAACAGUUGGAAAAAAGAGCCCUUGAAUAUGCAGAGUUGGGUCAGUUAGAAGCUAGCAGCAGGUUAAUGCAGAAAAAACAAAUUUUAAAGCAUCAUUUUGAUGAAGUUAAUAUCAAGUUUCUUAAAUUCCAAUGUCCCUAUGAUUUUGAACCAAAAUUAAAUCAUGUUAAAAGAGAACUUAGCAGCAUCGAAGGACGGAUUCAUUUAUUAGAUCUACACUCAGAGGAACCAGAGAUAAUUCAAGGACAGUUAGACCAAUGCAUUAAAUUUUACAAAACUAUGAGUGAAUUGAAAACAGAGGUUGAAUAUGUUAUCAAAACUGGACGACAGGUUGUUGAAAAGAAGCAGGUGGAUUUUCCAGAAAAGCUUGGGAAACAGCUGGAUGCUCUUAAGCAACAAUAUAAUAUACUCGGUGGUCAAGUAACACAAGGAAAAUCAAACUUAGAAAAAGCUGUUAAAUUAGCUCGAAAACUGAAGAAGGAAGUUAUUUCAGUACAAGAAUUUAUUUCCACCAGGAAUAUUGAGUUAAAUGAAAGAGCAACAGAUAUUAAUUGUAACCUAGAUAAAGAAGUGGAAUUUAUUUCUACUGUAGAAGAUGAAAUGUUGAAACGACAAGGAGCUUUAUCUGCUAUUUUGGACAUUACUAAUCAACUGAAGAAUAUGGCAGAUAUCGGUAUGCUUGAAGAUGCUACAUUAAAAGUGAAUGCACUUAAACAGCAAUGGAAUGAAUUUGAAGAAAUUUUAGCAAAACAAAAAUUACAAUAUGAGACUGAAAAAGCUCAAUUGGAUGUUAAAUUUGUAGAGUUUGAAAUUUCUCUGAUGAAAGUCAAAGAUUGGCUGAAUAAAGCAGAAAUGGUCAUUUCAAAUCAUGAGCGUUUAUCUUCUGAACAAAAGGUUUCCACUGUAGAAAGAGAUAAAAUGAAAAAUCUUCAAAUGGAGUUAAACCAUUUACGCUCUGAGGUUGAUGACGUACGGGAUUCUGCAAUUUCUUUAAUGACAAAGAGUAAUCAAUACAAGAAAAUGGUAGAGCCAGAAUUGACACACCUUAACCAAAGAUGGGAAGAAAUUUCUUUGAAAUUGAAGGAGAAACAGAGUUUUCUUCAACAACAUGAUGGCAUUGGAGAUAUUUCCAAAGUUCCUGCUGUAAACUCAGAUACUUUCACCAGGGAUCCUUUAUGUGCUGCUGCAGUCACAAGUCAAGAAGAAUUUGAAGAUCAAUGUGAACGUGCAAGGCAGCUGUUGGAUGUUUUUGACAGUAAUGUAAUCAAUCAAGGCCACUUAAGGAUUAAAGAUUUUGAUGAAAGAAUUGACAAGAAAAUAAGGGAAGUAGAUGAAGAACUUAAUACAUUGGUGCCUAAAGUAAGCCAGCUAGUUAAGAAAGGAAAUUACAUUAUAAAGCAUCUAGAUGAUGAAGAGAAAAUUAGGAAAGUUAAGAGACUGAGAGACCAAUUACAGCUCCAGUUAGAUAACAUCAAAGCUAAUGCAGAGACAAGGAAAGCAAAUUUAUCCAUGACUGUUCCCCUUUGGUUCCAAUUUCGACGUCGAGUUGAAGAAUUUCACAUUGCUCUAGAUGGAUUAGAACUUGUUUUAAAAGAAACUACUCAAAGAGAUGCAGUUGAAGAGGAACUAAAAAGAAGACAGAGGGAUGUGGAUAGCUUAAACAGAAGUGGAGAAGAACUAAAAGGUAAAGAAGCUUUAGAAAUCGUGGAACCUGAACUCCUAAAACUCAACAGACGAUGGCAGGAUCUUCGCUCCCAGAGCUUACAAUGCAGACAUGCUCUGGACUCAGGCACUACAGCUACAGUUGCUGCUGUUGCUUCGGAGAAAGCUAUUACAAAAACUACACUAACUGCUGUCUCAAGCCACCUUUCCAAAAGCAUUCUUAACUCAAAAACUUCUUCUCAGUAUACAAAUGAAUUGAAGGAGAUUCUUCGGAGUAUUUCAGCUGUUCAACAACAGUUAAGUUCACAGGAGCUGACAGGAAGAGACUUUGAAGAUUUUUCGAAGCAAGAAGACAAGUUAAAGAUUGUAAAAGAGUCUCUUGAUGGCAUUCAGAAAAACAUUCAAGAUACUCAAAAACUGUAUAAGUUAACUGAAAAUGGUGAAGAUGAAAGUAAGGACAUUAUGGCCAUUUCAGAUCGGCUCCAGUGUCAGUGGAAAAAUGUCAAUGAAGCUUAUUCCAAACGCUACAAACGAUGGAGCAAAGCUGUAGAGCAAUGGCGCCAGUUCCACUGUGACUUGAAGGAUAUUAUGUCAUGGCUUAAUGAAGCUGAGAAAAAACUUACUAUAGCUAAAGAACUUGCCCCAUCAGACAAGCAACUAUACAAGGAAUUAGAGAAUGGAAUCCGAUCUCAUCAAGGAACUGUAAAUAGCAUGAAUGCAGCAGGCAAUGAAAUAAUUCGUCAGUCAGCCGCUCCUGAUUCUCAUCUGUUGAGAGAAAAGCUGGAUGCUCUUAAUCACCGAUGGAAAUGCUUGUGUAAAGAUGUUUUAGAAAGACCUGACAAGUAUGAUAAUGAGAGUAUAAAAACUAGUGAGUUCACUGAUGACAUGGAUGAAUUAUUUUUAUGGAUUGAUGAAGCAGAAAACCUUUUGAGCAUUCCAUUAAUUCAAGGUGAAGAAAAUUUAGAGGAAACCUAUGACAAAUUCAAAGAAAUGGAAGAUGACUUACCAACACAUCAGCAACAGCUGAAGGCACUUAACCGCAAUGCACAACAUAUGAUGAAGCAAGACUCGUUAUCUAACCAGGAUAAAGAGAACAUGAGUAAAGAUCUUGAAAAUCUCAAUACACGAUGGAAAAAGUUGAUAGUUGCAAUUCCAGAACGUGUGAAAUUUUUAGAUGUGAAGCUCAGUACUUUACAAGACUUCCUGAAAGAUCUUGAGGAGUUACAAACGUGGAUUACUGGAACCAAAAAGGUUUUAGAGGCCCAACAAAAUCCCACUAACUCAAAUACUGUCUCUGAAGAACAAGAUUCAGUUGUUAUAGAUACACAGACUAUGCAGAAAGCUUUGAAAGCACGGCAAGUUAAUGUAGACAAUAUCAAUCACAAGUAUGGUCAGAUGGUGAAAGAAGGACAAUGGCAGAAUAUUAAGAUGACAGAUGCAAUUCAAGACCGAGUUGUUCAGCUUAACAAUGACUGGGAACACAUACAAAUAAUGGCUUCUCAGAUGAAGCCAGCUUCAGAGGCAGUUGUUGAAGUUAUGAAAAAAGUAAAAGUAUCCCAUGAGAUGCAGCAAGCAAACCAUUUGCCUCAUGCUAGCACUGCUCGACAUUCAGGCUAUGACAAAUCUGUAAAUGACAUCAUGGAUUGGCUAGCUUUACAGAAUCGAAUGCAGAAAGUCAAUAAAGCUGUGAUUGGCAACAUAUCUGAUAUUGAGCAACUUAUUGUCAAACAAAAGAAUACUUUGCAAAAUAUGGAGAAUCGACAACAAGAUCUUGAAGAUAUUCUUCAGAAAGCAUCAGUAUUACAAAAAGAAACUAAUUCUUCUGAAGUUAAGAAGGCAAUUCAAGAAAAGGCUGAUGAAAUAAGCCAUCUUUGGAAUGACACAAGAUCUGCAGUUUCAUCAAGAAAGACUCACUUAGAGGAUAUGUUACUUGAAUGUCGACAGUUUGAUGAAACAUACUCUGCAUUCAACCGAUGGUUACACCAGAUGGAAGAUGAGGUGAAAUCAAAAUCACAUAACUCUCGAGACAUUACAAAAUCACUUUCAAACUAUAAGAUAUUACAAGAUGAAGUCAAUCAAAAGAAGCCAUCAUUAGAAAAUCUUAGACAAUUAGUUAACAAGUUACUAGAAGAAUAUAGUACAGAAGAUACAAGACAUUUACAGGAUCUGCUAGAAAAGUUACUAAAGCGUUGGUCAAACUUAACAACAAAAUUGACUAACAAGUGGCAAACUCUUCAAUCUAACCGCAACUCUAUGCAACAGUUACAUCAUGCUCUAGAUUGCUUUCUUAAUUGGAUGGCUGUGGUGGAGAACAGCUACUGUCAGCUAGCAGAUCAUACAAGCAAAGAGGAAGUGUUGGAAAAUGAUGAUUUAUGUCGAGAAUAUUUAGAACAGUUUAGGGAAAUUCAGGCAGAAGUAGAUUCUCACCAAAAUGCUUAUGAAUCAUUAACAAGUGCUGGUAAUCAACUUGCAAGAACCAUGGUGGCACAAGAUACUACACAGCUUCAUCAUCGUCUGGAGGAGAUGAACCAGCGAUGGCUCACAUUGAUGACCACCUCAAUGGAAAUCAGAGGGCGUUUGGAGAGUAAUGCAGAACAAUGGACACACUUGUUACUUCAACUACAAGACCUUACUAGUUGGAUCACUCAACAGCAAAGAAUGCUCAUCUCCCAACAACCUGUUGGAGGAGAUUUGCAAUUGGUUCAACAACAAAAUGAAGAAAAUCAGAGAUUGAGAGAUCAGCUAGAUUUAAAGCGUCCUGUAGUUGAACAGAAUCUUGAAGCAGGAAGGUAUUACCUACGUGAAGAGGGUGAAGAAAGACGACUCAGUACAGAUAGUUCAGAAAGUGUGGAGCUAGAUGUCGAAGGGUUAACUGCUUUAGAUAUGUCCCCUGAAAGAGAGGCACAUUACCUAAUCCGGAAGAUUCGAAGACAAGUGAGAUUAGUCAAUCGCAAAUGGGCAGAAAUUAAUCAAAGUUGCAAUGAAUGGCAAUCACAAAUUGAUGAAGUCCUUGAGAAAAUGACUGUGUUCCAUGAAGCAAUGGAUUAUUUGAAUGAACAACUCCAGGAAUCUGAGGAUGAGAAGUCCAAGUGGCAACAUGUUGGUGAUGUGAUUAUUGAGAACCUACAAGAAGAAAUAGACUUGACGAAAGCGUUCCAACAAAGAAUUGCACCUCUUCAAGGACAAGUUGAUAAUGUUAAUGACCAGGCUAACCAGCUACAAGCUUCUGAAGUGGUACUUUCCCCAAAAAAUAUCCAGCAACUAGAAGACUAUAAUACUAGAUGGAAAGCCUUACAGUUAGCUAUUGAGGACCGUUUGAAACAACUUCAAGAUGCCUUGAGGGAUUUUGGGCCUAAUUCUCAACAUUUUCUUAUUGUUUCAGUGGAAAAUCCCUGGGAGCGAUCUGUAGCCAUUAAUAAAGUGCCUUAUUACAUCAACCAUGCUACUGAAACCACUCAUUGGGACCACCCUAAAAUGACAGAGCUGUUGAAUGUUCUAGCUGACUUCAACAAUAUCCGUUUUGCUGCCUAUCGGACAGCUAUGAAACUACGAUUAUUACAGAAGAAGCUUUGUAUGGAUCUUUUGGAAAUGAGUAUGGCAGUGGAUUCUUUUGACCAACAUGGCCUGAAAGAUGAAAAUGAUAAACUCAUUGAUGUUAUAGAUAUCAUCAUUUGUUUGAACUCUAUGUAUGAAGGAAUCGCUGACUUACAUCCUACAUUAGUGAAUGUACCUUUGUGUGUUGACCUAAGUUUGAACUGGGUGUUGAAUGCUUAUGAUGUUUCCCGGACAGGAAAAGUAAGAGUUUUGUCUUUCAAAAUUGGAGUUGUUUUAUUGUCAAAGGCUCAUCUUGAAGAAAAAUAUCGUUAUUUGUUUCGACUAAUUGCUGAUGCAAAUGGAUUUGCAGACCAGCGGAAACUUGGCUUGUUAAUUCAUGACUGUAUGCAAAUACCACGCCAACUUGGUGAAAUUGCCUCAUUUGGAGGAAGUAAUAUUGAACCAAGUGUCCGCAGCUGUUUUGAAAAGGCAAGUAGUCAUCCUGAAAUUCAAGCCGCUCAGUUUGUUGAUUGGAUGCGACUAGAACCACAGUCAAUGGUAUGGCUACCAGUUCUUCAUCGGUUAGCAGCUGCUGAGACUGCCAAACAUCAAGCCAAGUGUAACAUAUGUAAAGAAUUCCCCAUUAUUGGCUUCAGGUAUCGGUGUUUAAAAUGUUUCAACUUCGAUGUUUGCCAAAACUGUUUUUUCUCUGGGAGAAAGGCUAAAGGUCACAAGUUGAGCCAUCAUAUGCAAGAAUACUGUACUUCUACAACAUCAGGGGAGGACAUACGUGAUUUUACAAAAGUAUUGAAAAACAAGUUCAAAUCAAAAAGAUAUUUCAAAAAACAUCCACGACUUGGUUACCUUCCUGUGCAGACUGUAUUAGAAGGAGACAGUUUAGAGAGUCCACAGCCCUCCCCCCAGCACAGUAUAUCUCAGGACAUGCAUUCUCGGCUGGAACUUUAUGCAAACAGAUUAGCAGAAGUUGAACAAAGACAAGGAUAUUCAACUCCAGACUCAGAAGAUGAACAUCACCUUAUAGCCCAAUAUUGUCAAAGUCUAAAUGGAGAUACUUCAUCUAAUGUACUAAAAAGUCCUAUGCAAAUAAUGAUGGCAGUGGAUGCUGAACAACGGUCUGAACUUGAAGCUAUGAUAAAAGACUUGGAAGAAGAAAAUAAAAAUCUUCAAGCGGAAUAUGACAGACUCUGUCAAUCUCAAAAUUCCCGCGAAAGUAGCCAAGGAAGAUCUGAUGAAGAGGCUGCUGCUAACAGAGAUGCUGAGAUGGUUGCUGAGGCUAAAUUACUACGACAACACAAAGACAGGCUUGAGGCACGAAUGCGCAUUCUUGAAGAUCAUAACAAACAACUUGAAUCACAACUACAGCGACUGCGCCAACUUUUAGAACAGCCACAACCAGAUCGUAGUACAGUAUCUGUCAAUUCAUCUGCUCGGACAUCACCACUGACUACUCCAUCUUCAUCAGUCAGUUCCCUUCCCUGCGGUCCUGUUCGGUAUCGUUUUAACAUGCAAACAGAAACAACAACAUCUUUGUCAAAUGGUCGAGAUCAUUCAAUUGAUGGGGCACGCCAUAAAAAAGAAGAAGAAAUCAUGCCUGAAAUUCCAAGUCCACCUACUUAUGAAGCACGUUCAUCUAACAGUGUUGGCAACCUCUUCCAUAUGGCAGGCCAAGUUGGCAAAGCUGUUGGAACACUUGUGACUGUCAUGACAGAUGAAGAUGGUGUUGAGGAAGAAUCCAAACAGUAAACUUACAUCAUGAUCAUGAUGGUGUUUUCAUCUUGGAAAUUAAAAUCCACAAUCAGAGAAAGCAGACAAUGUUUCUGUUAGAAACGCAUUGUUAUAUACUUUGAUCCAAACUUUCAGUAUCUAAUGGAACCAUUCUGUUGCUGCUCAAAUCAAAAUUUGUUGUCUAGUUUUAAGAGAUUUAAACUAGAAAGAGUCUUCCAUUCAAUUUGACUAACAAACCCUGAAAUAUUAGUGCCACUGAUGUAUGUGAUUAAUCAAAUGUGACCAUUUUCAUUAUCAAUAACCUAAAGGAACUUCAAGCAAUGAAGACAUCUGUUUGUUUGUUUGUUUUUCUUUUAGUGAUAUAUCAGGACGUAGUUAUGGUACUGAAAUGAUAUUGAAAAAUAUUAUUACUCCAGCAAGAAUAAAUAUUGCUUUAAAUUGACAACUACUGCUAUCAUAAACCCCAUUACCACUACCAACAUUACUACUACUGUUACUAAUAUGUUUAUCACUCCCACUUCUAAAAACAAUGCACAUCAAUAUUCUUGGUACUUUCACUUCCAUCAAGCUAUUAUAAAAAUCCUACUGAGACAGCAGUUUAACUAAUUUGACCAACUAAAGUAAAAAGAAAAGCCUUUAGCAAUUUAAUCUACCCUUCUGGUUGUUGCCAAAAAGCAUAAAAGUUAUGUGCCAAGAUGAAUGCAUUAAGCUUUCUAUUUUAUGUUUCAAAAGUUAAAACCAAGUGUGGUUUUAUAUGAUGCUAUGAAUGUGUGUAGGUUUCACACAUACAUUGUUUCCCAAAGUUAUCCAAACUAAUGUAAAUUCUUGUGUAUAUUUUCGUAAAGAAAAAGCAGAGAAUAUUUUAUAAUGUAGGAUUAAGAAAGAAAAAUUAAACUGUUUGAAAUAUGAUUACAAUCCCAUCUACUAAAACUACUUGCAUUUUAGACCAAGCAAAGCUUUUAAACAUCUUAAAUCUUUUAUUUAGUCAAGAUUCAAGAGUUCUCAAAAGCUAAAUGAAUAUUAUGGAUAGAUUCAUAAUGUAUCUUGGUAACUGCAAUUAGAAAUGAUUUCUGCAAAGAUAUGGUGCAAUUUAUAGAAAUCUAGCUUUUUUUUUUUUAUUAUUUAAUUUUUUUUUUUUUUUUUUUCAUCUAAAUGUUCAAAAAAUCUGACUGAAAUAGUGUCUUCAGUCCUCGGAACUGGUGCUACUGUUACUAUUAAAAGAAUAUAUUUAUGUUGUGUAUAUUGAGUCCUAAUUGUUAUUAUAUACGUAUGUUAAACACUGCUGGCACAGAUAAGUUCACGUCAUCAAUGGCCCAAAUAUUCCAGUGGCAGUGUUGUGGCAACUAAUGUUCUGUAGUGGCUGUCAUGUCAGUCAGAUGUAUUCCCGCGAGUACACUCGGACAAUAAGCAGCUUAACAACCUGAGCUUCAUCCAUUAUCUGCACAAGGACGUGUGAAAAGAAACAAAAUUGUCGUAUAUCUGACUAAAGCUCAGUUUUUAUUGAAAUAAAAAAGUUGAUCUAUUCUAA